UGUCAUCUUGAGUUGUUUGUCGUGUGACAAGCUUCGAAGUUUAUUGCAAAUAAUUGGUGAGGAAAACUCAAAUGUUUAUAGUGCACAAAACUUAAUAAUAUAAUUUGCACUUUCAAUAAACAUUGUUAUAAAAUUCAGCAACUCGCUCCUAGUCAUGGCGUACUGUAUGAGAGUUUUGCAUCGCCAGGCGGGAUUUAUUGCUGAAGUUCAACAAAGAUGCUUUCAUGUCUCGCCAUUAACUGCCAUGGCCAGCAAGGUGGCCAUGAGCAAAUUCGACAGUGAUUCUUAUCUGCCUUAUGGAAAAUUAUCAGAAAAUUUAAAAGUUGUUAAAAAGCGUUUGAACAGGCCAUUAACUCUUUCCGAAAAAGUAUUAUAUUCUCAUUUAGAUGAACCUGAAAAACAAGAAAUUGAAAGAGGAACUAGCUACUUACGUUUAAGACCCGAUAGAGUUGCUAUGCAAGAUGCUACUGCUCAAAUGGCCAUGUUGCAAUUUAUUUCAUCAGGGCUGCCUAAAGUUGCCGUUCCUAGCACGAUUCAUUGUGAUCAUUUAAUCGAAGCACAAAUCGGAGGAGAUCAAGAUCUUGCUAGAGCCAAGGACAUUAAUAAAGAAGUAUACAGUUUCUUAUCCAGUGCUAGUGCUAAAUAUGGGGUGGGCUUUUGGAAACCAGGCUCUGGCAUUAUUCAUCAAAUUAUUUUGGAAAAUUACGCUUUUCCUGGCUUGGUAAUGAUUGGUACUGAUUCCCACACACCAAACGGUGGUGGAUUAGGUGGUCUGUGUAUUGGUGUUGGAGGAGCAGAUGCCGUUGAUGUAAUGGCCAAUAUUCCAUGGGAAUUGAAAUGCCCAAAAGUUAUUGGAGUAAAAUUGACUGGCAAAUUAGGAGGCUGGACCUCUCCUAAGGAUGUUAUCUUGAAAGUUGCUGAUAUUUUAACUGUAAAGGGUGGCACUGGUGCCAUCAUUGAGUAUUUUGGACCUGGUGUUGAUGCAAUUUCAUGUACAGGCAUGGCUACCAUUUGUAACAUGGGUGCUGAAAUUGGAGCAACAACAUCAAUAUUUCCAUUCAAUGCACGAAUGGCUUCAUACUUGAAAUCUACUGGAAGAGAUGCCAUUGCAAAGGAAGCUGAUGGGGUUAAGAAAGAUUUAUUAACGGCUGAUGAAGGAGCUAAUUAUGAUAGAGUAAUAGAAAUAAAUUUGGAUACUUUGGAACCACAUGUAAAUGGACCUUUUACACCUGAUCUUGCUAGUGCUAUCAGUAAACUGGGAGCCAAUGCUAAGGAAAAGGGGUGGCCUAUGGAUAUCAAAGUUGGCUUAAUUGGUUCUUGUACUAAUUCAUCUUAUGAAGAUAUGGGACGUUGUGCAAGCAUUGCUAAACAGGCAAUGAAACAUGGAGUAAAAUCUAAAAUUCCAUUCAAUGUUACACCUGGGUCUGAACAGAUUCGUUCAACGAUCGAACGAGAUGGAAUUGCCCAAACUCUCCGUGAAUUUGGUGGCACUGUUUUAGCCAAUGCCUGUGGACCUUGCAUCGGUCAGUGGGAUCGUAAGGAUGUGAAGAAAGGAGAGAAAAACACAAUUGUUACUUCAUAUAAUAGAAAUUUCACAGGCCGUAAUGAUGCUAAUCCUGCCACUCACUGUUUUGUCACAAGUCCUGAAUUAGUCACAGCUCUAUCAAUUGCUGGCCGCUUAGAUUUUAAUCCAGUAACAGAUACUCUGAAAGGAAGCGAUGGCAAAGAAUUCAAACUUGAUUCACCCUUUGGCGAUGAACUUCCAAGCAAAGGUUUCGAUGCAGGUCAAGAUACAUAUGAACAACCUCCUGCAGAUGGCUCAAGUGUGAAAGUUAAUGUUGAUCCUAAAUCAGACCGAUUGCAAUUGUUGGAACCAUUUGAUAAAUGGGAUGGUAAAGAUCUUACUGAUAUGACCAUUCUCAUUAAAGUUAAAGGAAAAUGUACCACUGACCAUAUCUCAGCUGCUGGACCUUGGCUAAAAUAUAGAGGACAUCUUGAUAAUAUUUCCAAUAAUAUGUUCAUUACAGCUAUCAAUGCUGAAAAUGGUGAAAUGAACAAGGUUAAAAACCAAGUUACUGGUCAAUAUGGAGCUGUUCCUGAAGUGGCUCGUCAUUAUAAGGCAAAUGGUAUUCGUUGGGUAGCUAUAGGUGAUGAAAACUAUGGAGAAGGUUCUUCCAGGGAACAUGCUGCCUUAGAACCUCGUCAUCUUGGUGGUAGAGCAAUAAUUGUAAAAUCUUUUGCACGUAUACAUGAAACUAACUUGAAAAAGCAAGGAAUGUUGCCACUGACUUUUGCCACACCAGGAGAUUAUGACAAGAUUCAACCAACUGACAAAAUCAGCUUGUUAGGUUUGGACAAACUUAGUGCUGGAAAGCCUGUUGAGUGUGAGAUCAAACAUGCUGAUGGAAAAGUCGAUAAAAUCUUACUGAAACACACGUUGAACGAUUUGCAAAUUGGAUGGUUCAAAGCUGGCAGUGCAUUAAACAGAAUGAAAGAAAUGACUAAGUAAUUUAAAUCUGUUCCAAACUAUUUUUCAUAAAAUAGGAAUCUUCAAUUUUUAAUAAUCAUUGUAUAUAGUUGAAAUAUUGAUUGUAGUAGAUUUGUAAAAAUAUUGUUAUGCAUAUAAUUUUAUUAAUGUUUUAUAUUCACACAAAUGUGUGCAAAUGCUGCCUGCAUUUAAUAAAAUAAAUAAUUUUAUUUUCU